AGUGAAACUCCUGGAAGUGGCGGCGCGUGGAGCGCGGAGAGCCGCAGCCGGCUGUGCGCCCUCGCCCGGGUCCCCAGCCCGGAGCCAGGCCGGGCGCCCAUGGCUCUGAGCAAAGGGCUGCGGCUGCUCGAGCGGCUGGACGCCACCGGGGAAAUCAGCGUCCUCCUGGAGGCGCGCGGCCGCGGGGACUGCCUGCUCUUCGAGGCCGGAACGGUGGCUACGCUCGCUCCAGAAGAAAAGGAGGUGAUUAAAGGACAGUAUGGGAAACUCACGGAUGCUUAUGGCUGCUUGGGUGAACUCAGGUUAAAAUCUGGUGGCGCUUCCCUGGGCUUCCUGGUUUUGGUGACAGGCUGCACAUCUGUGGGCAGAAUUCCAGAUGCCGAAAUCUACAAAAUCACCGCCACCGAUUUCUACCCUCUCCAAGGGGAAGCCAAGGAGGAGGAGCGCCUCGUGGCCCUGAAGAAGAUUCUCAACUCAGGGGUGUUCUACUUCUCCUGGCCCAAUGAGGGGUCACACUUCGACCUGACUGUGCGGGCGCAGAAGCAGGACGAUGGGGACCACGAGGCGGGGAGCUCCUUCUUCUGGAACCAGCUGCUGCACAUGCCGCUGAAGCUCCACCAGGUGGACUGCUCCGGCUGGCUGCUGAAGGUCAUCUGUGGCGUGGUGGCCGUCCGCACGGUGUACGCCUCGCACAAGCAGGCCAAGGCCUGCCUCAUCUCCCGCAUCAGCUGCGAGCGCACUGGCGCUCGCUUCCAUACUCGCGGUGUGAAUGACGACGGCCACGUGUCCAACUUUGUGGAGACCGAGCAGACAAUUUACAUGGAUGAUGGAGUGUCGUCUUUUGUCCAGAUCAGAGGCUCAGUUCCACUGUUUUGGGAGCAGCCAGGGAUACAGGUUGGCUCCCACCAUCUGAGACUCAACAGAGGCCUAGAAGCCAACGCCCCUGCGUUUGACAGGCACAUGGUGCUUCUGAAAGAGCAGUAUGGGAAGCAAGUGGUCGUGAACCUGCUGGGGAGCCGGGGUGGAGAGGAGGUGCUCAACAGAGCCUUCAAGAAGUUACUCUGGGCUUCUGGCCACGCCAGCGACACGCCUAUGAUAAAUUUUGACUUCCAUCAAUUUGCCAAAGGUGGUAAGCUAGAGAAAUUGGAGAACUUGUUGAGACCUCAGUUAAAGCUUCACUGGGAUGAAUUUGAUGUGUUCACGAAGGGCGAGAAUGUAAGUCCACGUUUUCAGAAAGGCACCUUGCGGAUGAACUGCCUCGACUGCCUGGACCGAACCAACACCGUGCAGGGCUUUAUUGCACUUGAGGUCCUUCAUCUGCAGCUUGAGAGCCUGGGGUUAAAUUCAAAACCCAUCAUUGACCGCUUUGUGGAAUCCUUCAAAACGAUGUGGUCUCUGAAUGGGCACAGCCUGAGCAAAGUGUUCACAGGCAGCAGGGCCCUGGAAGGGAAGGCCAAGGUGGGGAAGUUGAAGGAUGGAGCUCGGUCUGUGUCUCGUACCAUCCAGUCCAACUUCUUUGAUGGGGUGAAGCAGGAGGCCAUCAAGCUGCUGUUGGUUGGGGAUGUCUACAAUGAGGAGUCGGCAGACAAAGGAAGGAUGCUUAUGGACAACACAGCCCUUCUGGUGACUCCCAGGAUCCUGAAAGCUAUGUCAGAGCGUCAGUCUGAAUUCACAAAUUUCAAACGGAUCCGAAUUGCCAUGGGAACCUGGAAUGUCAAUGGAGGGAAACAGUUCAGGAGCAAUCUUCUUGGGACUGGAGAACUGACCGACUGGCUGCUUGAUUCGCCCAAGCUUUCUGGACUUGCCGAAUUUCAGGAUGAUAGCAGCCCAGCUGACAUUUUUGCCGUGGGAUUUGAAGAGAUGGUGGAACUGAGUGCUGGGAAUAUCGUCAAUGCCAGUACCACCAACAGGAAGAUGUGGGGUGAGCAGCUUCAGAAAGCCAUCUCACGCUCCCAUAGGUACAUUCUCUUGACCUCGGCACAGCUGGUGGGCGUCUGUCUUUAUAUCUUUGUGCGUCCAUACCAUGUCCCGUUCAUCAGGGAGGUGGCAAUUGACACAGUAAAGACAGGAAUGGGCGGAAAAGCCGGGAACAAAGGUGCCGUGGGCAUCCGCUUCCAGAUCCACAGCACCAGCUUCUGCUUCAUAUGCAGCCACCUAACAGCAGGGCAGUCCCAGGUGAAGGAGCGGAAUGAGGACUACAAAGAGAUCACCCAGAAGCUGAGUUUCCCAGCGGGGAGAAAUGUUUUUUCUCAUGAUUAUGUGUUUUGGUGCGGCGAUUUCAACUACCGCAUUGACCUUACUUACGAAGAAGUCUUCUAUUUUGUUAAACGCCAAGACUGGAAGAAACUUCUGGAAUUUGAUCAGCUGCAGCUACAGAAAUCAAGUGGAAAAAUUUUUAAAGACUUCCACGAAGGAGCCAUUAAUUUUGGACCCACCUACAAGUAUGAUGUGGGCUCGGCCGCCUACGAUACGAGUGACAAAUGCCGAACCCCGGCCUGGACAGACAGGGUGCUGUGGUGGAGGAAGAAACACCCUUUUGAUAAAACUGCUGGAGAACUCAACCUUCUAGAGAGCGACCUGAACGCUGACACCAGAGUGAAGCAUACCUGGUCUCCUGGAGUGCUCAUGUAUUAUGGCCGAGCAGAGCUGCAGGCAUCUGAUCACAGACCUGUGCUGGCUGUCGUGGAGGUAGAAGUACAAGAAGUUGAUGUGGAUGCUCGGGAGAGAGUUUUCCAGGAAGUGUCCUCCUUCCAGGGCCCCCUGGAUGCCACCGUCGUCGUGAAUCUGCAGUCACCAACCUUGGAAGAGAAAAACGAGUUUCCUGAAGAUGUGCGGGCUGAACUCAUGCAGACCUUGGGGAAUUAUGGGACCAUUGUGCUGGUCAGGAUCAACCACGGGCAGAUGCUGGUGACUUUUGCAGACAGCCAGUCAGCUCUCAGUGUCCUGGACAUAGAUGGCAUGAAGGUGAAAGGCAGAGCAGUGAAGAUUAGACCAAAGACACAGGACUGGCUGAAGGGUUUGCAAGAGGAAAUCAUCCGAAAACGCGAUAGCAUGGCCUCUGUGUCUCCCACAGCCAAUUCCUGUUUGCUAGAAGAAAACUUUGACUUCACAAGUUUGGACUAUGAGUCAGAAGGGGAUAUUCUUGAGGACGAUGAAGACUACCUGGUGGAAGAGCUGAGUCAGCCCGUGGUCUCAGACAGUGAGCUCUCGGCGGACGGCCUUUCCGAUGUCCCUGGCCCGGUACUGGGGGCCCCUUCCAGCAAGUCGCCAGCACUGGGCAAGAAGCAGCACCCAACCUACAAAGAUGAUGCUGACCUGGUGGAGUUAAAGCAGGAACUGGAAGCAGUUGGGGAUUUCCGCCACCGUUCUCCAAGCAGGUCUCUGUCGGUUCCCGGUAGGCCUCGGCCACCUCACCCUCCGCAGAGACCCCCCCCUCCAACUGGUUUAAUGGUGAAAAAGUCGGCUUCCGAUGUGUCCAUCUCCUCCGGCACCCACGGGCAGUAUUCCAUUCUGCAGACGGCAAAACUUCUGCCAGGAGCACCUCAGCAGCCACCCAAAGCAAGGACUGGAAUCAGUAAACCGUACAACGUUAAGCAGAUCAAAACCACCAACGCUCAGGAGGCAGAAGCGGCCAUCCGCUGUCUCAUGGAAGCCAAAGGAGCCAUGCACUGUUAUGUUCCAGGGACCCCAGAAGAAGUCUUGCAUGCCAUGGUCCUAGGGGACCCAGGGCCCCCCAAACCAGAGCUCAGACCUGGGGCGGCCAGACUGGAGUCCUCCCAGGUGCCCCCGCUCCUGCCUCGUCGGCCCGCCCCCAGGGUUCCUGCCAUCAAGAAGCCAGCACUGAGAAGGACGGGCAAACCUGCAUCGCCGGAGGAGCAGUUGGAGCCACAGACUGUCCGCUUUACAGUUGGGCCCCCAGAGACCAGCACUGAAUCCCCUUCCCUGACGACAGCCCCUGGAGUCCCUCCUGUCCCCAAACCGAGAACAUUUCAGCCUGGGAAAGGGGCCGAGCGGAGACCAAGCUGUGGAAAGGACACGUCAAAUGAGGCCCCCCCAGGGGCAGAAGCCCUCGUGCCGCCGCCUUUGGAGACUCUGCCUCUUGCACCCAAGGCUCCCCCACGGAGGAAGAAGUCAGCCCCGGCGGCCUUCCACCUACAGGUUCUGCAGAGCAAUGGGCACCUCCUCCAAGGUCUCACGUGCUGCAGCCACAGCGACUGUCCAUCCGGACCCCAGCCUGGUGCUGGCUCGCUCUCUCCAGAGGCAGAUUUCCUUAGCACUUCGUCUGCUACCAGCCCUGAAACUGAUGGCACCAAGGAGGUGAAGUCGGAGGCAGCCGCCCUUCUUGGUGACUGUCAGGAUCCCUUCUGGAACCUUCUGCAUCAUCCUAAACUGUCAAAUAAUGCCUGGCUUUCCAAGAGCUCUGAUCCUUUGGACUCGGGGACCAGGAGCCUUGAAAGGGCAUACACAGACCCAGCCCCAGCCCCUGCCUCAGAGGCUGAAGUGGAGCCACCAAUGGGCCAUGGGCAGAAGGACUUUGGUCACUGGGUGACAAUCAGUGACAAAGACAAGAGGAUGGCACUGCAGUUGUUUGAUCCACUGGCAAAAACAUGACUGAGGGACUUUGACAGCACUCUCAUGUGGAAUGUGCAUCUUCUUUUCUUACAGGCAUCACUUUAGCAGGGGGAAAACAGCCAAAGAGGCAUGUGUUUAAAGGCAUACUGAAAAACACAACUGGACUUCUGUCACUCUUGUGUAGUUGACUAAAAUUGUGUCUCUCAUUUAAUAAGAUGAUUAUUCAGCCAUCAAAAUGUUUUAUUCCACACUUGUGCAAUUUUACAUUUUCUCUCAGGGUGCGGGAAACCCUCUGCUAGAGUCAGUGUAUGGCUUUCAGGAAAUCAAACUGAUAACGCCCAAGAAAUGCUCCCCCAUUGAAUUUUAAAUGGUUGUUCAACUUA